CCUGCUGUGAUGUUCUAUAGCAAGGGUUGGUUUUCCCAUUUUCACAAAAUGAGAGCCUUCCCUGCAGCACUGCUUCUCCUCCCUUUAGUCGUGCUGCCGAGCUCCUGUGCUGUGAUUCCCACAGACUGCGAUGCUACUGAAUCCUUUGCUGAGAAAGCCCUAGACCUGAUCAAUAAGGGACGGCGGCAUGGUUACCUUUUCCAGUUGCUGCGGGUCGCUGAUGCGCAUGUGGACAAAUCGGAGUCUGUGGCUGUCUAUUAUUUAGUCUUGGACGUGAAAGAAUCGGACUGUUCAGUCCUAUCCAGGAAACACUGGAAUGACUGCAAGCCAGCUCUUUCUGCACAUUUAUCCGAUAUAGUGAUCGGACAGUGUAAGGUAAUAGCUACAAAGUGUUUGAAUGAAUCUCAGUAUCUUAGAGUGAAUGACUUUAACUGCACCACAAGUUCUGUCUCUUCAGCACUGGCCAAUACUAAAGACAGUCCCAUCCUAUUUGACUUCUUCGAAGAUACUCAGCCUUACAGAACACAAGCUGACAAAGCCCUUGAGAAGUACAAACAGGAGAAUGGAGAUUUUGCCUCUUUCAAAGUGGACCGGUUGGAGAGAGUUGUCAGAGCGAGAGGAGGGGAAAGAACCAAUUACUAUGUGGACUUCUCUGUAAGGAACUGCUCCGUCAGCCACCAUUUUCACAGGCACCAUAAUGCCUUUGGAUUCUGCAGAGCAGUUUUGUCCUAUGAUAUAGAAGUCUCUGACUUAGAAAGUCCAAAAGACAUUGCCAUAAACUGUGAAGUCUUCAACUUUGCGGAACAUAGAAAUUUCAGUGGUAAACACCACCAUUUUGGCCAUCCCCAUGGACCUCCUCCUCAUGGACCUCCUCCUCAUGGACCUCCUCCUCAUAGGCAUCAUCCCCAUGGACCCUGUCCCCAUGGACCCCCUCCCUUUGGGCCCCCUCCCCAUGGACACCCUCCUCAUGGACACCAUCCCCAUGGACACCCUCCUCAUGGGCACCAUCCCCAUGGACCCCCUCCCCAUAAACACCAUCCCCAUGGACACCAUCCCCAUAAGCAUCAUCCCCAUGACCACGAUUUCCUUGACCAUGGGCCUUGUGACCUACCACCCCAUAGCCAAAGUCCCCAAGAUCACCAUCGCCAGGGCCAGGGCCCACCACCUCAGCACUCAGAAGAAAGAGGUCCAGGUAAAAGGCACUUUCCCUUCCACCGGAGACAAAUUGGAUAUGUUUACCGGCUCCCUCCACUAAAGAAAGAUGAAGUUCUUCCUCUUCCCGAAGCCAAUUUUCCCAGCUUCUCAUUGCCAGACCACAGCCAUCCUCUAAAGCCAGAGAUCCAGCCCUUCCCUGAAUCAGUUUCUGAAUCAUGUCCAGGGGUAUUUAAGAAUGACUUUUUAAAUAUCUCAAAAUUUUUUGCAUACUCACUUCCAAAAUAAAAUUUGAUUUUCUCGAUGGGGAAAAAUUAAUGUUCUGACUUAGAGCCAUAAAUAAAAUACAACCAAUAAUGAAAGCAAAAUUCAAGUAUUUUUACCUUAUUUUUAUAUUCAGAGUAAGGAAAACGUGGGUGGGGGAGGAGAUGGCAUGAGAAGAGAGAGACGAAUGGAGAGGAACUAUGUCAGUGCUGCAAGUCAGUGACAGAUCACUAAAUCCUUGCCGCAGAUCUCUGACCCUCUUUCUUUCGUGGAUUUAACUCUAAUUCUAGAGGCUUUCCUCACUGAGUACUUUCACUGUAGCUGGGCAUACCAAGAAGGCAUGUUUUAGCAGUCAAAGGACUAUUCUUCUAACACAAAAUUCAAAUUCUCGGGAUCCCUGGGUGGCUCAGUGGUUGAGUGCCUGCCUUCAGCUCAAGGUGUGAUCCUAGAGUCCCCGGAUUGAGUCCCACGUUGGGCUCCCUGCAUGGAGCCUGCCUCUCCCUCUGCCUGUGUCUCUGUCUCUGUCUCUGUCUCUGUCUCUCUCUCUCUCUCUCUCUCUCUCUGUGUGUGUGUGUGUCUCUCAUGAAUUAAUAAAUAAAUAAAAUCUUUUAAAAAAUAUUCAAAUUCACGGAGGGGGACACUUGACGG